AUGAUUAAGGCAUUUGACGCAGAGUCAGAAACAUUCAACUUGCAAAAAGAUCAACCCUCGAUUACUAUAAAAGGAGUCGAUGUGGAGGAAAUUUUUGGUCUGAAGGACAAAGCAGCAGAAGGGAUGGAUAUUUACACCAUCCUUUAUGAGGAUGGGGAAUAUGCAGAAAAUGAGGUACCAUCUCAUUUUCUGAGCAAGUCCUCCGGCAGUCUGAGUAUUGAUGGAUUGAUCUCGGACGCAAUCAAGAGCGGAUUAGCCGACGAUGACUUCCUUCGAAGAGCUGUUCUUGUGGCCCUUGGUAUAGUUCUUGCACCACAGUCCAGCUCAACAGUUCCGUUGGAGUAUUGGGCAAUUGUUAAGUACGUGUCACGUUUGAAGAAAUUGAACUUCAAUGGUUUCACAUGUGCUUAUUUAAUUAACAAUAUAAAGAAACUGCGUAGUGAACAUGAGAUGGUGCAAUGGCCCCGCGGCAACCUAGCCCUGCUUCAGUAUAUUUACAAUGAAAAAGUGCACCCAACUGGUUCACAAUUGACGUCAUCAAAGCCGUUGAUGAGGAACUGGACAGAAGAAGAGGUGAGAAAGAGAGACAACAUUGAAUACAAAGAUGGACGAGGAACAGGCUUGAUUGACGACGACAUAUCUGCUAACCACAGAAGGGAGGUGAUCCACACACCUGACGUUCCUCCAAGAUCAAAGAGGAAGCAAAGUAAAAGAGCUAAAGCUUCAGGUUCUAGCAUGAAAACGCCAGGUUCAGUGGAUGAUUCAAGAAUGGAGAAAGUCCUAAAAAUGCUUAACGCGAAAGGAGUUGCGUACAGGGCAGGCAAGGCUGACAUGUCUGAUGACGAAGAUCAGGAGGAGGAAGACAAAAAAGAAGGAGUGGCCUCCACACCUAGCCAUGGCGGCCUUCCGCCUAAUGAUUUCAUGGACGUUGACGACAUCAAGUCAGACAGCACUGCAUCAUUUUUGAAUUCAGUUAAGGAUCAACAUGACGAUGAAUUGGAAGAUGCAAGUAAGAAGAGUGAGCCGAUGGAUGAUUCGAACUUCGUGACACCCACCGACAAGAAGAAGACUGCUAAUGCUGGGUACACGACACCAGCGCCUAAGCACGGAGACACCCCUGAAGUACCCAUAAUCAUCGACGACAAGGCUACACCUGAAUCGUCCUGCUCGGCACCUAUUGAUUUAACUCUUCCAGAUGCAUCAGAAGAAUUUGAUAGCUUGAACACGAUCUGCCGUAAAGCGAUAGAAAGUAGGAAGAAGGAGGAGAAAAAAGAUAAUGUAUGUGGCAAAAAGGAGGAGAAAAAGGAAGAUGUCUCUGGGAAGCGCAAACGCAAACCUCCUCGCAAAUUAAGUUCCCCAAGCAUUGUGAUGACCGAGAAAUGUCCUAAACGGUUUCCACGCGCAGUCAGAAAAGGUUCUGAUGCUUUGUUCAACAACGAAUAUGCCACGGACGGAUCAAAUCUGCUGACACCGGAGAUAAUUGACGCGGCUGCCGAAAGUAAGACUGUGUACGAGAAUGCAGACGGGGCUAUGGCGAGGGCUGAAUUUCUUAAACCUAUCCUUGACCGUGGAUGGCUGUGCGGCGCUGUCAUUGAGUGUUACUUGGCUGAUCUGAGAUUAAAAUUGAAGGAUAGGAGAAUAUGCCCUGCAUGGAGGGCAAAUUCUAUAGUCGAAAAUCGACCGAAAAGGCAGCGAUGGAAAAAGAGAAACCUUGACGCGACGGAUAUUGCAGAAAUGUCAAGUUGCUACGAAAGAUGCGAGCUGGAAUAUUUUGGCACUAACAAGGCUUAUUUCUCGGUUAACAUUGCCAAAUGCCACUGGGUCACCGUCGUCAUGCACAGUGACAAGAAGGAAUUUCAGGUGCUAGACUCGUUAUGGCGCCUUGAGCAGAGCAAGGAAUUUGUGGAAAAGCUGAGAGAAGAAAUCUUGAAGGACGUCGAGUUUGCGAACAAUGAGAUAUCAACAAAGAAGUAUCCAGACGUUUCGAAAUGGGAAAUUAAAAGAUACCCAAUACCUAUGCAAAAUGAUACGAACUCAUGUGGACUGUUCCUGUUAGCAUGUAUGGAGCACUGGGAUGGAGAUGAACUAACGGCCGAAUUUUCGCAGGAAACGAUAAACAACAACAGGAAUAUGACUGCCGCUAAAAUUAUAAUGUCAAAAUCAAACCUGCUCGAGAAGGCGAAGAAGGAUGUCCUUGACAUCACGGCGAAAGCACGUGCGUAA